AGAGAGAGAGAAAAAAAUAAAAGGAGAAAUUUAAACUGUAAGAUUCCCACUUAACAUUAAAAAAUUUCUUCUCAUGUUGUCAUUAUCUUCCUCUAAUAUUUAAUUCCAUAUACUCACAAUUAGUGUUACAAACUUUCAUUUCUUCUUAGUUAGUUCUGCAAUGAAGUCUGAUCAUCGAUGAGUUUAUCGCAAAUGGCUUAUGCUGCUGUAACUUCGCUUAAAGGAACACUCCAUCUACACUUCUUGCAAUCACAACCACGCUUGCCUCUUCAACACAACCAAAAGAUACUUAAUUCUCUCCAUGAAAAUCUUGGUUUCCUCCAACAAGUUCUUGAGAAAUCUGAGAUAGCCUAUAAUAAUGCGGGGAUGAAAGAUUUAGAGGCAGAGAUCAGAGAUGUAGCGUUCAAAGCAGAAGAAAUGAUUGAGAUGGAAUUGAGUAGCAUAUAUCUAGCAAAGGGUUGGACAAAGCGUAUUCGUAUAAAGGCUUCCCUCCUCAGGCUUCGUGAAAUCUUCACUAAAGCAGUAAACCAGACUGAUUACCUCAAGAAGGAGUUGAUUAAAAUUAGUGAAAAGCAGCUAGCGAAUGGUCCAUCACAAGGUGAAAGGAUGCGAGGAACAUCAUCACAGCCUGAUCCAGAACAAGAGAACAUUACUGUGAGUAAAUUUUCCAAAAACGCUUCAAUAAAGUUUGACAGUGGAAUGGUCGGAUGCAACGAGGAGUUCAAGACGAUAAUGGAUCAGCUCACCCGACAAUCAGCAAAGCAGUUACAAGUCGUAUCAAUUGUAGGCAUGGGAGGAAUUGGCAAGACCACUUUAGCUCAGAAAGUAUAUGAAGAUUCAUCAAUUACUUCUCAUUUUGACAAACGAGCCUGGGUUACUGUAUCUCAAGAGUUUAACGUGGAACAAAUGGUCCAAUGCCUUAUUGGUUGUGUUAUUGCAGCAUCAAAUGAUGAACUCCCUAAACUGAGCAAUGUACACCAUGAACAAAGAAAUGACAACUUAGCAGAAAGUUUGCGUAAACACUUGAAGGAUUAUAGAUAUUUGAUAGUGAUUGAUGAUAUAUGGAGCACAACUGCUUGGGAUAAUGUGCAAAGAUGCUUUCCAGAUGAUAAUAAUGGAAGUCGUAUACUAUUGACUUCUCGACUCAGAGAGGUGGCAGAAUAUGCUAGCUCAGGUAACUCUACAAUUAUCAUGCCUUUCUUAGAUGCAAAUAAAGGUUGGAGUCUCUUCUGCAAUGUGCUUGGUAAAACAAAAUUUCUUUCGGUGUUUGAGCAAAUUGGUAGAGAUAUAGUGAACAAAUGUGAAGGAUUACCUCUAGCUAUUAUUCUAGUAGCUAGUCUUCUCUCCAUGACCGAGGCGGCAGUCGAGAAGUGGAAAAAUGUUGCUGAAAACGUGAGUAGAUAUGUAAUUGGUGAUUCUAGUGAUGCUUGUUCAAGAGUACUAUAUUUGAGUUACAACCAAUUACCACACCACUUAAAAGCUUGUUUUCUAUAUUUUGGAGUUUUUCCAGAAGACUUCGAGAUCCAUGUGAAGAAGUUGGUUAGGUUGUGGGUGGCAGAAGGAUUUUUGAGGGAAAUGGACAAUCAAAAUAUGGAGGAAGUGGCCAUGGAAUGCUUGCAAGGUCUUGUUGAUAGAAGUCUUGUUUUUGUUAGCAAACAGAGCUACAAUGGGAAAAUGAAGACAAUAAAAAUGCAUGACCUGUUGCGGGAUUUGUGUUUAAGAGAAGCUCGACAUGAAAAUCUUUUGAAUGUCAUUGGAGAUGAAAAACAUCCAUUUUUCAAUAAGAUAAUCUCUUGUCGUUGGAUAAGUACUGCUACAUCACAGUAUUAUCUACUUCCUUUGGAGCUCUUUCACAAAUCACAUUCCUUUCACUAUCCUUAUGCUUAUUACUCAAGUGUGGAACUUCUAUUUUCACGCUUAAAGCUACUAAGAGUAGUAGACAUAGUAUGCGGACCUUACUAUGGAUAUGGGUUACUAAAUGGGCUUGCAAAUCUUAUUCAUUUGAGAUACUUAGCUUUGAGAGCUCUUUGA